GGGCGUUGCUACCUGAUGAUGUAUUUCCGCUUCCUAUCGGCCACAUCGUAUUUGGUUGGACCGGCUUGUUGCGGGGAGGGCGGGGGAAGAUUGUUUGCAGUGCAGAACCUCGGCGCACGGGAAGGUAAACUGAGCUCCCCAGAGACUCAUCCCGCAGCCUCUGCUCAGGCCCAGCCGUCUCUCUCCAGUUGCCACCACAGCCUGGAGGCGCCUGCCUCCGCCCUCCCGAAUGGUGCUCCUUCUCGCAGGCCUCGGCCCAGGAUCCAGGCCCCCUUUGCCCCCUGCCUCGGAGCUGUUGCUCCGGGUCUUUCCUAGUGGACUCCUUGGGACGGGGAGGGAAGAACUUUUGCACAUACAAGGCUGUAGCUCUAGGGACCCCACCGACAACCUGAAUCUUGGUCUCUAACCGAGUGUGAAAUCCCUCCUGUGCCCUCUCUAUCUGCCCUUUGAGAAGAGAAACCCUUCUGUCCACCCAGAGCCCAGUAAGCCCCAAGCUGGGGCCCUGGUCCCAGCAUGUCAAUCCUCUCUUAUGCAUAGGGCUCUGCCCUCUCCCUGUCAGCAUGGCUGAACUCAGGCAGGUUCCAGGGGGGCGGGAGACCCCACAGGGGGAGCUUCGGCCGGAAGUUGUAGAGGAUGAAGUCCCUCGGAGCCCUGUCGCAGAGGAGCCCGGAGGAGGCGGAAGCAACAGCAGUGAAGCCAAAUUGUCCCCAAGAGAAGAAGAAGAGCUGGAUCCUAGAAUACAGGAGGAGCUGGAGCAUCUGAACCAGGCCAGUGAGGAGAUCAACCAGGUGGAGCUGCAGCUGGAUGAGGCCAGGACCACCUACCGGAGGAUCCUGCAGGAGUCGGCGAGGAAGCUCAACACACAGGGCUCCCACCUGGGGAGCUGCAUCGAGAAGGCCCGGCCUUACUACGAGGCUCGGCGGCUGGCUAAGGAGGCCCAGCAGGAGACACAGAAGGCAGCGCUGCGGUACGAGCGGGCCGUGAGCAUGCACAACGCUGCCCGGGAGAUGGUGUUUGUGGCCGAGCAGGGUGUCAUGGCUGACAAGAACCGGCUGGACCCCACGUGGCAGGAGAUGCUCAACCACGCCACCUGCAAGGUGAACGAAGCAGAGGAGGAGCGGCUUCGUGGUGAGCGGGAGCACCAGCGGGUGACGCGGCUGUGUCAGCAGGCUGAGGCCCGGGUUCAGGCCCUGCAGAAGACCCUCCGGCGCGCCAUUGGCAAGAGCCGCCCCUACUUUGAGCUCAAGGCCCAGUUCAGCCAGAUCCUGGAGGAGCACAAGGCCAAGGUGACAGAGCUGGAGCAGCAGGUGGCCCAGGCUAAGACCCGCUACUCCGUCGCCCUGCGCAACCUGGAGCAGAUCAGCGAGCAGAUUCAUGCGCGGCGCCGGGGCCAGCCCGCGCAUCCCGCGGGCCAGCGGCGCUCCUCCCCCGUCGGGGCCGAGGCCGGGCCCGAUGCUGGCGAGGAUGGGGACAGCGGGAUCAUCGAGGGGGCCGAGGGCGGGGGUUUGGAGGAGGGCGUCAGCCUGGGGCCUGGGCCUGCGCGCGACACGGACACUCUGAGCCUGCUGAGCCUGCGCACGGUGGCCUCGGACCUGCAGAAGUGCGACUCGGUAGAGCACCUGCGGGGCCUCUCCGACCACACCAGUCUGGACGGCCAGGAGCUGGGUUCCCGGGGCGGGGGUCGCCGGGGCAGUGACGGCGCAGGCCGCGGGGGCCGUCACCAGCGCAGUGUCAGCCUGUAGCCCCCCACCCCGCUCAGGGUGGCUGGUGCGACUCUUACCACCACUGGCCCGGGGAGGGCCCUCAGGCUCCCAGCUCCCCCUCAGAGGGGUCGGCGUGGCUCUUCGUGUCUGGCUUUCCCGCGGGUGGCCCCUCUCUUUGCCUUACCCCCUCGGAAGGCUUGUCUUUGGCUCUCUCCUCCUGCUGGCUCCUCACUGUCUGUGUGAUCCCCUUUGCUGUCCCCUUCUGACUUCUUCCAUCUGUCUGGAUUUUCCCCCCUCAGGGAAAUUUAUCUAGAAGGCACAGGGAAGCCAUCAGAGAAGGUGGGUGCUGGACCCGAGUCCCCGCAUCUUGGUUCCCCAGCUUUCAGUGAACGGACAGGUGCCCCUCCCACCUCCCCAUCUCCCAGGUGGGCCCUACGGAUGCUGCUGAGCUCUCCUGGCAGCCCGCUGUCCUGGUCCUGUCCCAGCCUGCCUGUGUGUAACAUGUAAGAUGUGCUGUGGGACUCUCUGCCUCUGGGAGACACCACUGGUCCCUUCAGCGCUCCCUCCUCGUGACCUAAGCUGCUUUGCUGUGUGUGCCUCAGAGCAGGACUUGAGGGGUACUGGGGUCAGGGAAGGUGAAACCAACCCCAGUGUCAACACAGGGGACUCCCGUGUGCAUCGCGUUUCUAGGCUGGGCCCUUAACAUUGCCAAGGUGCUAGCAGGUCCGUGUUAUGGGGUGGGGACGUAGUGAAGUCCCGGUGGCUGAAACCCUUGCCAGUCCUGCUGCGGGGUUAGGUUUAUUUACUUUUUCUGGGUAGAGGAUGCAGAGCCAAAUCUCAGCACCCUCCUACAGGGUUGGAGUUAGGGAAUUUGGUGCUCAAUUGCUCUCCAUUGCUCUUCCCCAAACCAAACAAUACCUAGUCCAGGAUCCCUUAAGGGGGAAUGCUCAGGUUUGGCUGUAGAUCCUCUGCUGAUAUGGGGAGGGGCUGGCCUGGGGUGAGGGGGCUCGCCCUCCGUGGGGAGCAGCUCCACGUGUCUGGCGGUGCUCCCACGCUGUGUAUGGGGAAAGGUGGGGAGCUACACUGGAUCUGGGUGCCUUUGGAGGACUGAUCCUGUCCCACGCCGGGAGGGCUGAGAGCUGGACUCUGGGCAGGAGACCUUGUGCCUAGGCCUAUGAGCUGCUGCCACUGACCAGGGGAGGAGUGGGCCUUCGCAUGGAAGGUGUCCCCCUGUCCCAGGGUCGAGGUAGGAUGGUCAUGAUGAGAACCUCCAGGUUUGAGGUGGCCAUGGGUGGAGGGAAGAGAGGGAGGAUGUGGGCGUGCGUGCGUGCAUGCAUGUGCCUGUGUGUAUGGGGGAAAAGGGUCUGCCCCGAUUUUAUUUAAAUAAAAUAGUUUAUGUAACAGUAA